AUGGUGUUCGUUAAAACAAUAUUUUUGGUGGUUGCUUGGGGUCUACUGCACGGUUUGAUCGUUCUACCGGCUUUCUUGGGUUCUUUGCCGAAAUGUUUAACAGACGCGAAUUGCUAUCGAACAUUCUUGUCAACGAGCAGUCAACGAUCAUGCCGAUACGUUGGCACUGCAACAUCAUCAACUGAACAUCCUUCAGAUGCUCUUCAAGUUGAUGACGACGACGAUGAGGCCGAAGUAUAUGAACCUCAUUUGACCAGUGUUUAA